AUGGACAAAGGAACGUGGGAUGCAAUGAGUUUAUCGUCAGAAAAAGAGGAUCGCUUAAAACGGUACCGUAACUGUGUCAUAAAUAUCACAAGAGCAAAUGGAUUAUUCAUUAUAUUUUCGUGUAAUUUCACCAGGGAGGAAUUGAGGAAGCAGUUUGAAUGUAAAGAAUUGGUGUUCGAAACCGAAAUAGCAUCUGCUAAUUCAAUAACAUUCGGUGGUAAGAGUGGUGUCACUUCAACUGGUGCAGUAUUUAGACGUGUCUCGUAG